UCCAAGAUGGCGGCCCCCUCAAACAGCAUGAGCGGCAGUGGACCCGAGCAGAAAGCUCGCUUUGCUUCCAAUACAACCAGUUUCCAAAAGAAAUCCCGCAGCAAUUUUAUCUCAAUCCCUGGAACCAGACCAUCCGUUCAGAACGGACAGCUUAUUGUUUCGACAGGGGUUACGUCUCUUGAUUAUGUGAUAGGCGGUGGCUUAGCUGUUGGAACGCUGCUGCUUAUUGAGGAGGACAAGUACGACAGCUAUUCCCGCAUGUUGCUGAAGUACUUCCUGGCGGAAGGCGUGGUGUGCGGACACAGUCUCUACAUCGCGUCUGCCAGGGAACCCCCUGACGAGAUCCUGCAGGAACUCCCAGCCCCGAUACUGGAUGACAUUGCCAGCCCAAGGAGUGAAGAGGCUCAGGGGAAGCUGGGUGACCCCGACGGCCAAGACUCCAUGAAGAUAGCCUGGCGCUACCAGAACCUUCCGAAAGUGCAGACCGCUCUGGCCUCCUCUUCACGGUUCGGGCACUACUACGACGUUUCCAAGGCGAUGGACGCGGACAUGCGACAGGCCGCCAAGUGCACCAGCUUCUACCUGCCUGAUGAAGUCACUCACAGUUCAGCCGCUGAGUCCAGCCAGAUGAACGAGGGGUACCGCGCCCUGCUCCGGUCCGUCCAGGGAGCGAUCCACAGCCAGGGCUUCGAUGGAUCCACACCCCAGAAAUCCAGGAACGUGCUGAGGAUCGGGCUGCAGUCCCUCGGCUCCGCUCUGUGGGGGGACGAUAUCUGCUGCUCGGAGAGCCCGGGCCACGCCGCGGGCCUCACCACCUUCCUGUACGGCCUCCGUGCCCUGCUCCGCUCCUCGCUCUCCGUCGCCAUGGUGACCGUGCCCGCGCACCUCGUGCAGAGCCGGGCGAUCAUGGAGCGUGUCACCAAGCUGUGCGAUACAGCCAUCGCUCUUGAAUCAUUCAGAGGCUUGGAUACGGAGGCCAACCCGCUCUACAAGGACUAUCAUGGCCUUCUCCAGGUGAAACAGAUCCCUCAUCUGAACUGCCUGGUGUGCGAAGUACCCGACUCAAAGGACCUGGCUUUCAAACUGAAGAGGAAACAGUUCACCAUCGAGAGACUGCACUUGCCUCCAGACCUGUCAGACACAGUGAGCCGUUUGAGUAAACCAGAUCUGGCAGAGUCGGCCAAGCUGCUGAGCUCAGGCUGCGGCUCCUCCACCCCGGGCAAGAAGCACCUGGACUUCUAGGACUCCGCUCAUUAACCGUUUCACUUCCUGUUCCCCCCGCUCAGGCCUGAUACACCCUCACACCACCCAACACCGCGAGUCACUCCCUCACACUUAGCCAGUCUGUGGGCUUAGGAAACUCAGGCCUGAUACACCCACACACCACCCAACACUGCGAGUCACUCCCUCACACUUAACCAGUCUGAGGGCAUAUGAAACUCAGGCCUGAUACACCCUCACACCACCCAACACCGCGAGUCACUCCCUCACACUUAACCAGUCUGAGGGCAUAUGAAACUCAGGCAAACCAGGCAUAAGUUAUUUUCAGAUUCACUCAAAUAGGACUUCAUAAUCCGAGAAACAGGGGAAAAAGGUGUGGCGUACGUUUCGUGGUGCCAGGGCUGGAAGCAGGAGCUUCUUCGAGCAAGCUUUGUCUUCGCAAACAAUCAGUUUGCUCGUCUCCAGCUUUACAGUUUUUUAAAUUAUUUUUUUAUACAACAGAUAAGACGUAACAUAAUCAGAUAAGUAGGUUUAAAUAUAACUUAGUGAACUGAGGAACAGUGUCAUACUUGGUUGAAUUUAGAAAUAAAGCAAUUAAAUAAGCUA